AAUGAACUUUGAACAGUGUGCCUAUGAUGACAUGACUGAUAAACACUCAUUACUGUGGGAUGGAGGGGAAAGAUAAACCUCGGGCCAUGUAAGCUUCAUUUCGACAGUAGCCUCGAGGAAGCCUGCUGCUCUUCUUCCUCUUCUUCUUUUGUUUGAUUAUAUCGCAAAGCUUGGAUUAACAUCUCUCAAGACCAUGACUAUCGGCAAGAGCUCCAAAAAGAACAAGGCCCCUCGUUCUCCUCCUUUCCUGGACAAGGCUAAUGGAUUCUAUGGGCGUUUGGAUGACACGUUUGGAGACGAUGUACAGUUGGAGGGAGAACCCACAGAAGAGCAGAUUGGAGCCUUGAACCGGACCAGCCAAGACAAUGGGACACUUCCAGGUUGGAUAGAAGAAGAUGACCAUGUGGUUGAUUUUAACCAGGGUAUGAUGGAUGAUGAUGGGACCACUUUACUGAAGAGAAAGCCCAGCAGACUAAGUCGCCGCUGGAGCAGGAUGAGCUCCAGGAAGGGAAAAUAUGACAAAUUUUCCUCACACAAAGGACAGGGUAAUGAGACCAACCCAGAGGUGCCACCAGCAACUCAAACCCCUGAAAACAGCGGAGAAUCAGAACCAACAAUGGUCCAUUUCUCUGCGAGGGAACAUGCUGAUGACCAGAUUCUGAUAUCAGGGAAGAAAGAAGGAGAUGGGGAAAUAGACGACACAAGAAAAGAGAAGAAGACAGAAGACAAAUUGAAUGGAGAGGCAAUGGAAAUUGUAAAGAGGAACACUCUCAAGAAUUAUCGCAAGGCCAUGGACAGAGCUUUCCGUCGAGGAUGGGAGACUUUCGUUGCCAAUCUGUACAGUGUGACACUGACACCGAUAUCAUCAACCUCUUCUUCAUCCACACUAUCAGACAAAACUGAAUUGAGCAGGAAUCGUGUUUUAGCAGAAUUCAGAUCAUGAAAGGAAUGACUUUUUCAAAUUGAUGAAUAAUUUCAUUUAUUAAUUUAAAUGUGCUCAAAUAUUUAAUAUGCAUUGUUGUUUUUUUGCAUAAAACUGAUAGUUGAUCUUGUUUUAAAAUGGUCAUUAUGUAACCUGACAUGAGAGGUCAAUAUUUGAACUUUUUAUCAGUGUAUGAAUUUGCUAUCACAGCACUAACUAAUGAGGCGUGUACCUGAUCUUUGUUCCCUCGUAAGGAAACAGGAGGGCAAUGGUUUUAACUAUCCUACAAGAAAAAUGUCUCUUUUUUUUUUUUUUAUUAAUGCGAUAAUGUUUUUGAGCUGUGAACAGUAGCAGAGUUUCUGUACUUUGGCCAUGAAAAUGUAUUCUUCCAGGCUAUGUACCUAAGGGUUAACUCUUAAAAACUAAUCUGGGAGCUCAAAGAUAAAAUAAAUACAUUUAAAAAAGUCAUCAAAAGGGACAACAUCACUGGCAGUGAAGUAAAUAACUGAGCCAUAAGAUGGGGUGAAGAUGGCUUUUGUGUUCUGACUUAUUUAUCUUCUGUAUCUUACCCACUUUUAUUUAAUGUCACAUAGGUGAAUUGAGUUUUUUUGUGUGUAAUGUCUUGUUUUAUCUGGGUUGUGGCAUUAAACCAAUGCUAAUAAAAAAAGAAAGGUGAAAAAAA